UCCCUUACUGCCCUUCCCUGCCUUUCGAGUUUGAAAUGGAAGAAAAGUUCAGAUCGCGCAAUGCGUGUGACACAUGUUGCUCAUGCCAUAUUAUGUGCAUAUUGAACAAGUGGCGACAAUUGCGGGUGUGGGGAUUUGCAACUUUACUUAUAAAACCCAUGAGGGUAAGGGAACGAUAAGUUCUCUUCGAAGACAACAUUCGGUCCUCUCUUUUGUUGAGUAUCACUUGCAAUUGUAGUUGAGGUAAGUACCAUCUCUAUUGUAUAUUCAAAUCACAACUUGUUUUCUGGGAAUGCAGAAAGUUAAACUACUUUUAGGGAUUUUGAUUUGGGCGAAGACAUUGAAUUGCUUUUAAACGUGAAAAACACCGAAUGUCGCAUUCGAUCCAAUGCCUACCCAAGGAAGAAUUCAUGAAGAUCGGCUUUAGAUGGUAAUUUUUCUGUGGUUUUUGGUGUUCAUUUUGCCGAAGGGAGUACCUUCCUCGUUCCUAAGCAAACAAAGGGAGUCAUCAUUAGCAAAAACAGCACUAUCCAGUUAGGUUGUUUGGCAGAUGAGGUUUAUAGCUGUGCUACUUGGGAUGGUGGUGAUCACAUUUGAGUUGUAUUGAAACUGAACAUCAUUUGUAAUGCAAGAAGCAUCUACAUAAGUCUAUUGUUGUGAUUAAGAACACCGGUGUGCGAGAAUCUUGUUCAAUUUCAGUUGGUGAAUCCUUGGGGUGCCUCAGAUAUGAUGGAUAGUGAAGUAUGUGCAGGAUAUAGUUUGUGAUAUCUGUGGGGAUGCAGGAAAUGAAGAGGAUCUUGCUAUUUGUAACAAGUGUACCGAUGGGGCAGAGCACAUUUAUUGUAUGCGUGAUGUGUUGGAGAAAGUUCCUGAAGGUGAUUGGUGGAUGUGUGAAGACUGCAAGAAGUCAGAAUGCAAAAAAUCCAAUAGUCAAGUAAAUCUUGAAUCUUCAAGUAGUGCAGGAUUAAACAGUGCAGAAUUAAACUCAAAAUCUUCCCAUGAUUGGAAAAGGCAAACAGGUGUAAUUUCUAGAUCUUAUUCAUCAGCUAACCCAUCAGCUAACAGGCAUGGUGUCCAGUCAGAAGCCCAGUCUUUGAAGGACAAAAUGAGUGCCAAAUCCUGCGACAACACCCCACUGCAGCAUAAGGACUCCUCAUACAAGACUUUUAAAAAGGGAAAAGCAAAAGAAACCAAAGAUACUACUUCUGAACUCCAAAUUUAUUGCAAUCCUCAAGACAAAGCUAAAGCUUCUCAUGUUUUUAGUGACAAGAGAUGUGCUGACACCUUACAAGUUGAUUUAGACAGAAAAACAAAGGCUCUUGAGACAAGUGCUGGACUCCCAUAUACGCCAAAAACAACAAAAAAGCGAUCUCUACUAGUUAGGGGCGGGGGGGGGUCGCUGUCCAAAAACUUGAGGAAUGCAAAUGUGGAGAAAUCUUCCUGUGUUUCUCUGGAAAAUCCUAAGUUACAUUCUUAUUCAGGCUCUCCUCACUCCAUGUCUGGAUUGUCUGAAAUUGCAGAUGUGAAAUUCGGAGGAUAUCUGGACGAAGCUCGUUAUUUGCCAAUGAAAAAGCGAAAAAUUAGAGAUUUUGUGAGCAGCUCAGCAUUGGAUCUCAAUGUGAAUACUCAUGGAGGCACCAACAACGUUGGAGCUCAAGACAUUCCUGAAGCUGGUGCUGUGGAUACAAGUUUUUCAGGUGACAAGAUUGAAGCACAUGAAAUUGGUGAAUCUAAUCUCGUUAUUGAUCUCAAUACUUCACUGUGGCCUGAAAGCGCAACCCCGGAAGUUGUUGGCCCCUGUCUGCCUGUUGAGAAUGUGGAUGAUCAACCAAGCAAAGAUGUGAAUGUGACGAUGCGAACAGAAGAGACCAAAAAUGAGGAAAAUCUGAACAACAACAAUGCUGAGAGAAGUAAUACCGACAGGCCUGAAUCCCUUGCUUCUCCAACAAGCGAUGAGGAACAUCUGGGCCUGCUUUAUUGGCAAGCUGUGGAAGUUUUAUCCUCUAACUUUGGUCUUUGAAUUGAACCAUGUCAAAAGCUCUUGAACAUGGUUAUUCUUUUUUGCUCUCUGGCUCACAGUGAUAUUUAAGAUUUCCAGUAAUACAUACUCCAUAGAACAUUUGACGGUAGGAUGGAGCAUGCUUAUUUGCGAUUCCCUUAGUUUUUAUUUCCCUUAUUCUGGUUGUUGUCCCUUUCCAUGUACAUUUGCAUGUGUGUUUUUUCUAUUGAGACAUUUUCUUCAUA